UCUUCGCCGCCGGAGGAUCGCUUCGACCGAAAGUGAAAGCGAGAGAGGAGACUUUUGGUUCGGUGCAUGUGACCGUGACUUCCGCCGAAUCUGUCCAGACCACGCGUAAACCAUAACGCGAAGAAUGGAUCGUUGAAUCCGACGCAACGGUAGACAUGUCGCUGGUCAAUUUCACCUUGCCGUAUCAGUCGGCGACGCCCACGCCGUUCUUCUACGGUCAGAACGGAGGACACUCGACGGCGAACAACCUUCGCCUGAACGCGGUACUUCCGCCUGCGCCCGCCCCAAAUUUCAACGACCGAGAAUCCUUCCAAAAUGAGCCGUACAUACCGCCAGCUGGCUACCAACAACAGAGACAGCAUCAACCGACGUUCAAUCGACAGAGCUCGAACGCGUUCGUCGAGCAAACGUCCUUCUCCUCCACCCAGGACACCAGAUACGCGAAUUACAAUCAAGAUUUCAGGAGGACUCAGCCGAGACAGCAACAGCAACUGAGACCGCCGCCCCAGCAGUCGCAACAGUUGCAACAAUCGCAGCAACAACGAGCCCAGGCGGAGAGGGAUCAGGAUAAUCUCAGGAACUCCAGAGUCCCGGAACAGGAGAGUUAUCCUGAGAGACCGAAUGGGUUCACGAGAGUUCACGGUCAAGAUGGCGGUUCGGAUACGAAAACUUCGGUCCACGCUGUCCUGGAUUACGACGACGAUUUCGAGGACUAUUACGACGACGACCAAGAGAUACCAAGGGACGCUCACGUCACGCCCAUUCAAGGACCAAUUUUUUUGAAAAAUGGCUCCGUUCCCGUGGUACCAUUGUACUCUUACCCUCAGUUGAACAAUGGCACGUUCGUACAAAUACCGAUUCUUUGGACCGCUCUUUCCGUUGCUCUGGGCGUUGAAGUGAAAGGAGACUUAAUACGCGGUGUACCAUGCAUUAAAAAAUAUCAUCAGCUCUUCUGUCCAACAGCCGGAAAUGCAUACCCAAUAGAGCGGAUAGAACGUUUUAUCGACGAAAAUAAAGCGUUAAUGAAGAGAAUGUACGGUGACUUUGAGAUGAGCUCGGGAUACGGUUCACCGACCAGAGAACCCGGCCAUCGAACGCGCAGAAGAAGAAAAAGCAGGGAAGCUAGGAAACACGACGUUCCAGAUGGCGGUCCUAGUUUUCGGGACGAAUUGGAUCCGGAUAUCGAGGUUAAUGGCGACUCAUUUUUUGGUAAUGUCAGGAAGACCAGGAAUCCUAGACAGUCUCCCGGAAAGAAUCGAAACAACGAGAGCGGAAGAGUGGACGCGUGCGAGUCCAAAGUGGAAAUCGUGACGCCAUACUGGGCCAGCAAUAGCGCCGGGAAAAUUCGUGCCAUCGUAAAUACGCAGCACUUUGAACAGGCCAUUCACCGAGAAGUUUGCUCAAAAACGCAAACGAACCGUUGCAGCGGGGAUUGCGGCUGCGAGCAGAAGUACAAAUGGCACAGAUUACUCGCGUACGACCCCGAUAACGACUGCAAAGGAAUCUUCAUGGACUGGUUCCUGUUUCCCUCUUGCUGCGUCUGCAGAUGCGAUCCGAUCGCCAACAAAUUUUCCACGUCGAGUAGUCGAAAUUGAAAUGAUUUCUCUGGAGCUCGAGUGUUUUCUAGGACUCUAUCGUUGCAUUUGAAAUUCAAUUGCAGUAGCCGUGGGGAUGGCAGUGCCGCGCACGAACGUAACUUCCGUCGGAUCGCGGGGAUCAGUUUCGUAUUUCCGUUCGAGUGGUGCGCGCGUGAAAAAGGGAAUCGAAUUUCACCCAAAUACUGUUUGUUGCUCUCCAGGGCUUUUCUAAUCCGUCGCAGUGCCGUCAUAUUAUUACACUUUUCCUCUAUUAUCAGUCAAUUUUACCGAUCGAUCCUACGACUAUACUUUAAAGUGGCUACAACGAUCGAGAAAACGUUGAUGGACGUUGAAAAGUCAUCAUCGAUCGAUCCGUUCUAGAUUUUUACCAUUUAUUUAGCAU